AUGAAAUUUUUCCAUGUUAUUUUAAUUAUUUGCUGUUACAUUAUUAGUCAAACAAUAACCGAAGCACGUGUAACAGGACCAAGUAAAAAUUAUUGGCCACUUCCAGUUAAUGGUGACUAUCCAGGUGAUUCAUACCAUCAAAAAUUUGAAUCAAAAAGACAAGCUGGCUGGGGUAAACGUCGUGAUUUAGCAAGUGAAGAUGAUGAUAGUGAACUUCCACCUUAUCAUCCAUAUGCAGCAUUUCAUAAUUCAGGCCGUACAUGGUUUGAUUAUGAAUGA